AUGGCUUUGGCGCCGGUGGAGUUCGUGGGCGCGAGGGACGGCGGGGAGGCGCUCUACUGCGCCAUCAUACUGUGGUUGUCCGUCAUGUCGUGGACCAUCUUCACCUGCGGCGGCGGGAGGAGGAGGAAGGGCCGUCGGGGCAGCCGGGACACCAAGGUCUUCAUCGGCGCUGACCGCCUCUGCGACGGCACCGGGCCCAACUGCAGCGGCGGCUACGGCCUCUGCGGCUCCUGCGUCGACUAGCCUGGCCGAGCCGCCGGCCCCUGCCUACGUUUGGGCUUUUGGUUGGUAAGAGCAUCUCCAGCCGUUGGCCCCCCAGGACGCAUAAAAAUCGCCCCCUGGGGGCGAGCCGGCGCUAAAUCCGCGCUGGGGGCGGCGUCGCCCCAGGCGCCAAAAUU